AUGGAUGGUACUAUAGCUGAAUUACAAGGUUUCGAAGUAAAACGUAAUGGUGAAUUACAAUUAAUAAAAAUCUUUCAAGCAAGUGUUUUCGAAGCAUUUCUUAAAGGAACAACACUUGAAGAGUGUUAUAAUCAUGCUGCAACUAUUGCUGCUUAUUGGCUUGAUAUGUUAUAUUCACAUACAAAAUAUAUAUCAGAUAAAGAAUUAUUUGAAUUAAUUUCAGAACGAAGAACUAUAUCAAGAAUGUUAUCCGAUUAUGAAGAACAAAAGUCAACAUCUAUUUCCACAGCUAAAAGGUGA